UGACUCACGGGCACGAGUGCUCAGGUUCCCAUAGGUGAGGGACUGACUCCCCUCUCCAGAAAAACGCAGUGUGCUUUCCUCCUGGAGUGGCCUUGGCAGGGUGCUGGAACGCUCGGUCUGCCCGGUCUGGUCUCUGGGGCCAGGGCUGGGUUUCCCUCAUGUAUGGCAAGAGCCCUAUGCGUGCUGUGCUUUUUCUCCUCGGCAUACAGCUCACAGCUCUUUGGCCAAUAGCAGCUGUGGAAAUUUACACUCCCCGUGUGCUGGAGGCUGUCAAUGGGACCGAUGUUCGGUUAAAAUGCACUUUCUCCAGCUUUGCCCCUGUGGGUGAUGCUCUAACAGUGACCUGGAAUUUCCGUCCUCGAGAUGGGGGGCCUGAGCAGUUUGUUUUCUACUACCAUGUGGAUCCCUUCAGACCCAUGAGUGGGCGUUUCAAGGACCGGGUGGUCUGGGAUGGGAACCCUGAGCGGUAUGAUGUCUCCAUCCUCCUCUGGAAGCUACAGUUUGAUGACAAUGGGACAUACACCUGCCAGGUGAAGAACCCACCUGAUGUUGAUGGGCUGAUAGGGGAGAUCCAGCUCAGCGUUGUGCACACUGUACGCUUCUCUGAGAUCCACUUCCUGGCUCUGGCCAUUGGCUCCGCCUGUGCACUGAUGGUCAUAAUAGUAAUUGUGGUGGUCCUCUUCCAGCAUUUCCGGAAAAAGCGACGGGCUGAAAGAGCUCAUAAAGUGGUGGAGAUAAAAUCAAAAGAAGAAGAAAAGCUCAACCAAGAAAAAAAGGUUUCUGUUUAUUUAGAAGACACAGACUAACAUUAUUAGAUGGAAGCUGAAGAUUUCCAAGAACAAGAACCCUGAGAUAAGUUGGAGUUAAUGGAAGCUUUUCUUUGGGUUUUCCAGUUGUGACCUGUCUUCCAACCAGCUCUGCAGUAUAUAACCACCUAGACAAGCAACGUUCCUCUGGUGCCAGCAUAGGGCCCUUCUUGAGCAGAUACCAGCAGACUCACACACAGCCCUGUUACUAAGGUUUUAUUUAAUUUCAGAGUACAAAUAUUGUAUUUUUUUCAAAUGCUCAUUAGCUUUUAUAUACUAGGAAGCUACAUUUUUGCCCUUAAACACUCCUUGUGGAUUAUGACUUGUAUACAUAUAUAUUGGCAUCAAAUGGGAUAAAAGUCAACUUGUGUGUCAUAACAUUUCCUUUAAUAUAUUAGUUUCCUUAGAGCAGCAUUCUUGCUACUAAAGUUAACAUGUUUACUCUUUCCUUCUCACACUCUCAAUUAAAAGGUGAGCUAAUUCUCCCAACUGUUUUUGAUUGAUUAACAGAAAAUGCUAAAUUCAACCUGUUAAAGAACAGUUUUAUUUUUAUGUCUCUCCUUAAGUAUGGGACACAUCUUAUUUUAUCGAAUUUCUUUCAAUACCCUAGAUGGCAGGUUUUUGGUUUUGUUUGUUUUCGGUCAAUUGAUCCAAGGUUUACAGUAGUACAAGUCUAAACCACAGAGUAACUAGGGAAGGUUACAGAAAUGCUAGUAGAUUGACAAACGCCACCUCAAGAUGAAUUGCUUGUCGCCUUUUUUCUCUGCUGUGACAAGCAAUCAACAGCUCAGAUCUUUCAUGAGCAGUGAAUGACUGUUUAGCUUACUAUAGUUUUUCCCCCAAUUCAAUUAUUUAUAACAACAAGCAAAAUCUAUGCUCAUUUGUAGACUGGAAUCAUUAAGCAGUUAAAUGGAAGGUUUCUGAAAGAGUAUAUUACAAUUAAAAAAUUUAGGGCUAGUGAAAAAAAUCACCCUAAAUGCUAAUAAUUUUGUAUAGUGUUAUACAAAGCUCUGAGAACUGGAAGAGAUUAAAUUUUUUUCUUUUAUUUAUUUUUUAAUUCGGUUGUUUAUUGCAUAUGGGGGCAAAGAAAUACCAAAACUAACAGAAUGAAACCAACUUUGUUUCUUUUUUCUCUUAUACUAGUAGAUAAAACAAACUUUAUAAGUGGGUCAUGGAAAGAAGAGUGCUUUUGAAAAAGUGUCUAGUCUCCCAGGGUCUUUCCAAACUUAAGCUACUGCAGCACUUAUUUAAAGAA